AAUCCCUCCUCCUUGAAACCGAAAGAAGAAGCGCUCUCCGGUUGGCCAGGGAAGGCUGGCGGUAUUUCCUUCUCUGGGUUAUCUGUAAAACGUGCUGCUGCUCUGUGUGAAGAGCUAACAGCUAGAUCAAUACGGGAAAGGUGGACCUGGAAAAGCUUUUAAGAUGUCCUACUCGUCAUCACGAAGCUCCUCGCGCAACACUGACUGCAAGGUGUAUGUAGGUGACCUAGGCAACGGUGCUGCCAAGGGGGAGUUGGAACGGGCGUUCAGCUACUAUGGACCUUUGCGCAGUGUCUGGGUGGCCAGGAACCCACCUGGUUUUGCCUUUGUCGAGUACGAAGAUCCCAGAGAUGCUGAGGAUGCGACAAAGGGCAUGGACGGCAAAGUGCUCUGUGGUGCCCGCAUAAGAGUGGAGUUGUCAACGGGUAUGUCUCGCAAGUCGCGCCACGACCGCCCCAGCCGCCGGCACUUCGACCCCAACGACCGCUGCUACCAAUGUGGCGAGAAUGGCCAUUAUGCAUAUGACUGCUAUCGCUUUAGCAAGAGGGGCGGUGGCCGCCGCAGCAGGUCCCGCUCACGGUCAAGGUCCAGGGGAAGGCGUUACCGCUCACGCAGCCGAAGCAACGGCCGCGACCGUAGAUCUGGGUCCCCAGCACGUUCCAAGUCCAGAAGUCCAGUGCGCAGGUCGUCCAGAAGUCCAGUGCGCAGGUCGUCCAGAAGUCCAGUGCGCAGGUCGUCCAGAAGUCCAGUGCGCAGGUCGUCCAGAAGUCCAGUGCGCAGGUCGUCCAGAAGUCCAGUGCGCAGGUCGUCCAGAAGUCCAGUGCGCAGGUCGUCCAGAAGUCCAGUGCGCAGAGCAGCAAGUCGCUCCCGAUCUCGCUCCCGCUCCCGGUCCGUGUCCCGCCCCAGGGCGCGCAGCGUCUCCAGAUCUCGCUCCCGGUCCAAGUCCCGCUCAGCCACCACCAAGAGGGACAGUCGAUCCAGGUCUCCGAGCCAGAGGAAAAGCCCCACUCCUGAUGCCGACUGACCAUGGGGGUGAGACCGCUCCCUGCCCUCUCCUGUUCCGCUGUCCCUGUUUGCCUCGGGGCUUGAAGCCAUUUUACACCCUUGUCUAUGUAUUUGAUUUCUUUCUCCUGUCAUUUUUUUAAUUUAUCCCUUGCUUUUCAUCCUCUGGCUUUGGCAUUAUUUCAUCUGUAUGUACAAAGGAUUCUAAACUCCUUUUUCCAUCAUGUACAUUAGCUCGUUUUACAGUAUUUUUUAAAAUAUUUUUUGCAUUCUGUGCGUUUUACUCGUUUGUCUUUUUUUUUUUUUUGCUAAAUGAUUUGGGGUUUUAUUUCAUUUUCAAUGUAAAUGGCGGGAUCUUUUUAAUAAAAUUAAUCUUUACACUAA